AUGAGAAAAAGUUUUACAGGCUCUGAGCUAAGCAGAGAAAUGGCCUUAAUGAGGGGAGAGCCACUAGUGACAAAGCUUGCAGUGUUGGCCAAGUAUGUGGUUCUUCCUGGAGCCAUGGUCGCCGCCCUCAUCUAUUCACCUCCUGAUUACACUUCUUCCAAGAACGAUCCUAAGUCCACCAAAUAA